GAUUGAUUACGAUCAUACGUUAGCGAUCCCUCCUCUUUCAUUCAUUGUUUGGUCAGUGUUUGCGAACCGUGUUUUACGAGUUAAUCUUUUGAUUGAUUGAUAUGUAAUUUCUACCAAAAAUCAUCGUCAAUAAGAUAAGAACAGAUAAGCCAUUUGAAGUGUUGUUAUAGGUUAUUAUUGAAUAAUGGCUUUACCUUUGCCUAUUCCCCCUUGUUCUAAAAGGGAUGGCCUUACUGGACUUGGUUGUGAACGUUUUGAAUACGCCAGCACCAUGGCAACAACAUUACUUGCGCCAGUAAAAACGGAAAGACAAAUUCUUGAGCAUUCCAUGUCAGAGGAUGAUCCUAAUGCGAAUACUCAAUCAUCAAGUGAAGUAGGCACUCAGCCACGCUGGGGUCCACGGCACCGUGGCGCACAAGAAUUGGCCGAACUUUAUAGUCCAGGCAAAAGGCUCCAGGAAUGGGUGUGUGUGGUGGUUUGUUGCACAUUAUGUAUUUGUGCUGGAAUCCUCAUGGCCAGACACAUAUGUGCCGAUGUGUCGCUAUUAUUUGCAGCAGUUGCCGGUGUUUUAACAGCAGAUUUUGCUUCAGGCGUGGUACACUGGGCUGCAGACACUUGGGGCACUGUUGACUUACCUCUCAUAGGCAAAAAUUUCCUUCGGCCGUUUCGUGAACACCAUAUUGAUCCUACUUCAAUUACUCGUCACGACUUCAUAGAAACAAAUGGCGACAACUUUGCUAUUACCAUACCCGUGCUGGCUCGAAUUGUAUGGCAACUAACAACUUAUGAUGACAUAAACAUCAACAAGCAAUUUCACUGGAUAGCCUAUUGGUACUUAUGCUGUAUAUUUGUAGCAAUGACCAACCAGAUCCACAAAUGGUCUCACACGUAUUUUGGGUUACCAACUUGGGUAGUGUGUCUGCAAGAAUGGCACGUGGUGCUGCCUCGCCGCCACCACCGGAUACACCACGUAGCGCCGCACGAGACUUACUUCUGCAUCACCACUGGCUGGUUAAACUGGCCACUGGAGAAACUCCACUUUUGGUCUACAUUAGAGUUCAUAAUUGAGGCCCUAACGGGAUGUAAACCCCGUGCUGAUGACAUGAAGUGGGCGCAGAAACGAUCCUAGAACAUAAUCUGCCUUACUAUUCGUUCGACCACGGCUAUCAGGAGCAUCUUAGCUUAUACCUAGAUAGUGGCGGGCUUUAUAAACGGAUGACAAUUGGCCCUUGUAUGAUGCAUGACGAACGCCACGCAGACAAGACGUGAUAAAACUAAAGCAGUGGCCUGCUUAUCGCUCCUGCCCGCCGGUAAGUUAAGAGUCGUGGUCGAAUAAAACCAUAGUAUUUUGACUUUGGUACAAAAUAACCUUUAAAAAAGGUACAAAAUGGUUGAUACCAGCUGUCAAUUUUAGCAUUUGUGAAUUUUAUAUUGCUAUUGCUUAUUUACGAAUUAUUGCUAAGCAAUAUAAUAUUUUAUUACUUAGGUAUUUCUUGAAACAUUUUAUUGCAUUCUUGUCACAAUUCUAAUUUACAAUAAGCUGCAAAGUUUGUAAGUAAGUACAGUUAGCUUCAAUUAUCAAUACUUAUCAUUAUUACUCAUUGAUAAUGAACUUUAGCAACGCUGAGAUAUGUCAUGCAUUUAUUAAGACAGCUCUGUUUUACUAAUAUAAUAAGCUAUACAGAGUGUGGUUUUGUAAAACAACGCCCAUCUUAGGGGUUACCCCUAUCAGCAACUAAAAUUCAUUAUCAAUGAGGUAGUACACAUGAAAGUAAGUAGAAGAAAAAUAUAAAUAAAUAUUUAACUAUUUCUUUAUCAGUAAAAACCUUGUUCAAACGUAUAAAACUUUCGAGACGGCGCUUGUUGCCGACCGCACCACGCCGCGUAUGCUUCACCACCGAGCACAUUUGGGGUUAACCGAUAGCUCCCCGCGUAAUAAUACCAUAUAGUAUAGAUGGACGCUUAUUACAUGACAUGUUUUAUACUCCUUUAUUUAGUGACUAUGGAGCUGACUGUACUUACAAAUAAAUAAAAUUAAUGGUCACUAUUAGAAAUAGGUAGAAUCUAAGUUACUACCUACAUGGAUUUUAUACAGUUAAUAUGUAAGUAAGUGAAUAUUAUUGUGUAAUUAAUAUACCCGUUAUAACACGUUAUUUUCAUAUUAUCUACAGGUGCAUAUUACAAUAAUAAUGAUAAUAUUAUAUUUCUUAGGGUUUACACAAAUUACUGUACCUUUUAUAGAUCUUUAGAACGAAAUAUAGGCCAGAAUUAAACACAAAAAUUGAUCAAAUCGGAAAUGAUUCCAACAAAAGAUUUUAUUGCUUUAAUGGCUUCAUUGGUUGCCCGCUAAGACUUUCCUAGGUUUUCGACUUCGACGGAGUUGUGCUUAGUGGUGGGGGCCCCGAAAGGAGCGUUUUUUGGGUUUUCCGGUUAUACAUAUAUACCGCGUAAAGGACUUACCCUAUCGAAAACUAGUCUUCAUGACGAUUGAAGGGCACUUAAAUCCUGCAGGAUUUGAUGAAAUUCAUGUCUCGGACAAACCGUUCUCGUGCUUAUCUUCGACAAAGUAGAAAAUGUAAGUAUAAUUAAUGACCCUCUCCACGUCCAAUGGCUCGUUACCCGCAGGCUUCCAAGUCUUGAAAGGGGCCGCUUCAACCAGUGUAACCCUAUCAAGGCUUACGAGCUGGAUGCGGCUGGGCCGAACAAGGAUAGGCUCCUUGUUCGGCCCAGCCGUUCCUUAACUACGGUUGCUGCACCUCUUACUUGCACUCUCCUGUACGACUAUGUGUUAUCUACUAUGGCUGCCUCUUCCUUGUACCCUCCUUUAAGACUGCAUUGCUUAGCCGUAUACCUGGUCCAAGGUUCGACGCCGCAAAAUCAACUUCGUACGCGUGAAAAUACCCCCCCACCACUUAAGCACAACUCCGUCGAAGUCGAAAACCUAGGAGAGUCAUAAUGGGCAACCAAUAAAGCCAUUAAAGCAAUAAAAUCUUUUGUAGGAAUUAUUUCCGAUUUAAAAUCUAAUUCUACUGGCCUAAUAAUAGCGAGUCUUACAUCUGAUGUCUAGUAAGUCCUACAGCAGGUAUUUGGAUAAUUUAGUUUGAAGUUACAAUUAAUUGUAAAACAGAUGAAACUUUUAUUUUAUUUUGUACGGGAUCAAGUUCUAGUUCUUUAUUGAUUUUAUGACGUGAAACUCUUAGAACCUGCAAAUAAGCAGGGAUUGAAAUUUGAAUUUUAGUUGCGUAGGCGAGGCUAAUGACGUUCAAGGUAGCAGGUCUUACAUAAAUGGUCUCUGGUAACCGGGUUGACCGCCAACCUGAUGGAGACAGGAUGGAUAAAACUAAAGUUAUCGCAGAAAGAUCUAUAGGUAUGCGAUUGGCUUUUUGAGAAACCUAUAAGAUUCAAUUGGGUAAGAGACGCAAUCAUGGAUACGGUUGGAUGACGAAUCUCUAUUUUAAGUAGAGCGGCCGCUCAAACGGAGACCCUGCCUCAACCAGAGGCACGACUUGCCACGAGGCGCGAGGCAGAGACUGUCACCGCGGACCGAGCCAGAUGUUGUCGGUUUUUGCGCGCGCUCUAAUGCCUCGUAUCCCGUUGAGCAGCUACAGUCUGCCUUCAAUCUGCCUGGCUUGAGUCUGCUCAAGUGGAUACAAGGUUUUAUAAUAUGGUAACUUACUUGACGUCAGUAUUUGAGAUUACGUAUGAUAUUAUCACUAAACAGCCUAUAACCAGGCUUGAUUUAUUUUUGUUAUUUCCAUUGCAAUUUCAAGGUGGUACCUACCUAGUUAGAUAAUAAUCCUUAAGUUAAUGCGUUUGCUUUUCUAAAAAUUUGCACAUAAUACUUACUGGGGAUAGGUCCUUACUCGUAACAUCAGAAGACUGUCAAAGGUUAUCAAUCUUUAAGUUCUUCAAAUAAGACCAACGCUGUACCAUAAUAAUUAUGAAACAUCCUGUCCACAUGGUAAUACAUAUUACCAAAUUUUGGCUGGGUUGUUAUCAUCUUACUUUUACAAACGUCAAAACUGACAAAUUCCAUACAAAAACACCGAUUAAGGUUAUACCUAGUUACGAUUAAAGUGGUGCAACUCAGUCUAAAAAUACGUACCUUCUCUAUUUUGCUGACAGACUAAGUUAGAAUAAUAAUUACUUAGGUCAUGCAACGUGAAUUCACACGAUCACUCACUUUCUAUGGGAAAAUAAAAAUAACCAAGUAAUGCAAUAAUUAGGUAUUUAGAUUAAUAUUUGUUUUACAAAUUACUUAUAAAUAUCUGGAAGAAAAUUCUUCACUAGCUUUCGAGACAUGACUUUCGGUAAUAUACAGGGUGUUUGGUGGAAGGUUAGACAAACUUCGUGGGUGUAAGGUCAUUUUAAGAAUACAAGUUCGCCCAUUUGUCUCUAAGUGGGCUACAUUUUUUUCAUUGAUAUUUUUGUUUUUAUUUAUUUUUUUCUGAAAUUUGACCUAAAAACUGCUUCAAUUUUUUCUCGCGUAUACACCUACGAAGUUUGUCUAACCUUCCGCCAACACCCUGUUUACACCGAUUUGGUAAUUUUGGUAUCGGCCGAUUCUUCAUACAAAUUAAAAUCGGGCCCAACUAUCCAGUCUCAUCUGUGCAACUAUCGGCCAUCUAUACUGCGCCUAGGCCCCUAGCGGCUAAU